AUGAAGUUCUCCACUGCCAUUGUCGUGACGGCCCUCGCUGUCGGUGCUGCCGCAGCCCCAACUCCAGGGAAGACGGUUGAAGAUUAUUUCAUUGGGGCGGACAAGCGUGACAAGACGGUUGAGGACUACUUUAUUGGGGCGGAUAAACGGGACAAGACUGUCGAGGAUUAUUUCAUCGGAGCUGACAAGCGAGACAAGACGGUUGAAGACUAUUUCAUCGGAGCUGAGAAGCGGGACAAGACGGUUGAAGAUUACUUCAUCGGAGCCGAUAAACGGGACAAGACCGUCGAGGACUACUUUAUCGGCGCCGAUUAA